AUGCUAAUCCAGUCUUGGGUGGUGCUCCUUUGUUUGCUGCUGGUUCUUCCGCUUAUAGCAGCGCAAGGUCAGCAAGCACGUAUCGUAUGCUACUUUAGCAAUUGGGCAAUAUACAGGCCCGACGUGGGACGUUACACAGUUGAAGACAUCCCGGCGGAAAUGUGCACGCAUUUCAUCUACUCUUUCAUCGGAGUAGAUGACAGUAACUAUAAGGUGCUGAUCAUUGAUCCUGAGCUGGACUUGGAACAAAAUGGGUUCCGAAACUUCACCGACUUGCGGCAGAAGCAUCCUGAAGCCAAAUUCCAAAUCGCCGUUGGUGGUUGGGCGGAGGGCGGCAAAAAGUACUCAGAAAUGGUUGCCGUGAAAGAGCGUCGGCAAUCGUUUAUCGAAAGUGUUGUGCAGUUCAUGAAAGUCUAUAACUUUGACGGUUUCGAUCUGGAUUGGGAAUAUCCGGGAGCCGCGGACCGUGGCGGCAGUUUUGGCGAUAAAGACAAGUUUUUCUACUUCGUAGAAGAGUUACGACGAGCCUUCGACAGGGAAGGACGUGGCUGGGAGAUCACGAUGGCAGUUCCGGUGGCGAAUUUUCGCCUGCAGGAGGGUUAUCAUGUACCAGAGUUGUGUGAAAAUUUAGACGCAAUCCAUUGUAUGACGUAUGACCUGCGUGGCAACUGGGCUGGGUUUGCUGAUGUUCACAGUCCUCUGUAUAAAAGACCACACGAUCAAUGGGCGUAUGAGAAACUUAAUGUGAAUGAUGGAGUUCAGCUAUGGGUCAAUUAUGGAUGUCCUCCCAACAAGUUAGUGGUUGGUGUUCCGUUUUACGGUAGAACAUUCACUCUUAGUGCUAGUACGACGAACCCGACACUCGGGUCGUAUAUCAAUAAAGAAGCUGGAGGUGGCUCUCCCGGGCCUUACACCAACGCUACUGGGUUCCUGGCUUAUUACGAGAUAUGCACUGAGGUACAGGACGAGGACAAAGGUUGGACGAAAAAAUGGGACGAUGUUGGACUUUGUCCAUAUGCCUACAAAGGGACACAGUUUGUCGGGUACGAAGAUGUCGAAUCCUUGCAGCACAAGAUGAACUGGAUUAAGGACAAGGGCUACGGAGGAGCGAUGACCUGGGCCAUUGAUAUGGACGAUUUUCAUGGCUUGUGCGGACCUGAGAAUGCUCUAAUGCAGGUACUAUACGACAGUAUGAAAAACUAUGUCGUACCCGAACCCACUGUUACUACAACUCCUAGGCCGGAAUGGAAUCGUCCACCAUCGACAGUGCCAUCGGGGGACGACGAGCCAUCACAACAGGUUACGACUACAACGACACGUCGUCCUAGACCAGCUACCACUGAGACAACGACACAUGUCCCAACGAGUACAACUAAGAAAACCACAAGUCGAAGUACUACGCGCAAACCGGCUACUAUUGUGCCACCGGAAGAGGAUCACUCUCAGGAACCGAUGGAACCUAUUCCCCCACCUGCAAAUGAAGAUGAAUCUGAGAUCGACUGCUCGGGAUACAAGGACUAUGUACCGUCGGCCGACUGCACCAAGUACUACCGCUGCGUACACGGGCAGCCAGUUGAGUUCACUUGCAAACCUGGAUUAGUAUUCCACACAGCUUUGAAUGUGUGCGAUUGGCCGGAAAGUGCCGAUCGAGUCGAGUGCCGCAGCAAGGCGAAGUUAAUUAAUAAAUCCAUCACCGACGUGUUGUCAAGAAGCUCAUUUGUCCACAUCAUAGCGUUUGAAACGAGUUUUAGUCAAGCUACGAUCGUUCGCCCCGUUGGGUUCAGCAGUUGCAUUCCAGCUCCCGGCGAUUCACAUGGUCGCAGUCACAUCUCUCUUCACUUUCGGAAACACCUUAACCGUGAAAUGUUUGUGAAAGGUACGGUGUUUUGUGUGCUUGUUUUGAUCAUGUCCGGUCAAAAUGGAGUGACGAUAGAAGCCAAACAGAGGCUAAUUUGCCAUUACACCACAUGGUCCCAAGGCCGGGCUGAUCCGUACUCCUACCGUGUCGAAGACAUUCCAGGAGAGCUAUGUACACAUGUAGUGUACAACUUUGUCGGGGUGGACGUCGAAGAAUACGAGCUUACCACCCUGCAACGAGAAAUUGACGUUGUACAGAAUGGUUUCGGUCGAUUUAUAGACCUCAAGCAACGCUUUCCAGACCUAAAGCUUCAUGUUGCCGUCGGUGGAUGGGAUCACGGUGGUUCUCCAUUCAGUAAGAUGGCCGCGUAUCGAAGCCGUCGACAGAAGUUCGUGGCCAGUGUGGUAAAGUUUAUGACGAGGUACGGCUUUGACGGACUAGAGGUUGUGUGGCUUUACCCUGGUAGUGUGGAGCGAGGUGGCAGUCAGAAUGAUAAGGAUAACUUUUACUAUCUCAUCGACGAUCUGAAACGAGCAUUCGAUCGGGAAGAAAAACCUUGGGAAGUGGCUAUACAAGUGCCUGCUGACCAUACGAGAUUUGAAAUUGGUUAUCAACAGGACGCACUGUGCGAAGUUGCUGAUUACAUACAUAUUGCGGGGUACGAUUUGCGAGGUUCAUGGACCGGAUUUGCUGAUGUCCAUAGUCCAAUGAAAAAUCGGCCUCACGAUCAAGGAAAUUACAACGGACUUAAUGUACAAGAUGGUGUACAAUCCUGGCUGAAUAAAGGUUGCCGCCCCGAAAACGUGAUUCUCGGUGUUCCGUUCCUAGGACGUACAUAUGUGCUUCGAAGCAGUCAGCAAAAUGCCUUGGGAUCGCCAUCCAACGGACCAGGGCCCAAGGGACCCCAUACAUACAGCGAGGGGUAUCUGGGUUACUUUGAAAUUUGCCAAAAACUAAAGGAACCCAAUUGGCGGCUGCGCUGGGAUUCUAUCGGUUUGUGCCCAUACGCCUAUCGAGGUAAUCAAUGGAUUGGGUAUGAAAAUGGAACGUCGUUGGAGGAAAAAUUAAGCUGGGUUACCAGCAAAGGCCUCGGAGGAAUUUAUGCCUUUUCACUCGAUUUGGAUGAUUACCGAGGUAAAUGCGGACAACCUUAUCCUUUGAUGAACACUCUUUACAAACUCAUUAAAAACCAAGCAAAACCAGAUGACGAUUUCGACUGGGCAAUUCAUAGAGAAAUCAAAAACAAUCGUACCGCAAAUGGCUAACUUUCAGUUCAGCUGUAGACUGGUAUCGUUUCAUUAUGCAACUGAAAUAACCAUAAAGAAGCAGAAAGAAGAAGAAAUGACUGUGAAUUGAAAGUUGUUUUAAAUUUAGAUUAGGUGAUAUAAAAAAACGGAAGAUGUUUGUUAGCUUCUGCAGUUAUAGAUACAAACAAUAACUAUAAAGUAAAAGUGGGAAACUUCAUUGAAAGUUCAUUGAAGUUUUGAAACACAUAAAACAAAUUAAUUAUUGAACUUAAGGACCAAAACCUAUUGAAUUCUAUAUUAUUCUGCAUGUACCUAACAACGAUGGUCAUCAGAGAAUUCCCAAAACACAAUUAUUUAAAGAAGGAACACAACACACUUUAAAGACGAACGAAAAUAGACCUCAGGUGGGUUAGUUAGGUAUGUUAUGAGAAUGGCGGACGACGAACCAGCCCUUAAAGCCCGCUUAGGACCUCCAGGAGGACGUAAGUAGACGCAAGAACGGCUGACUUGGCGAGUUUGCAGACGUGGGUGCUCGACUGCGAGCGCUGGAGGAAGUUUCUGUUAUAGGACUGGAGCAGUUAUAGCUGCCGGAUAAUGAAAUGAAUCGUGUCCCUUGUAAAAAUGUGCAAAAUGAAUACGUUUAAUUCAUUAAAAUGUUUCAAAAAUACAAAAAUCAACAAACAUACAAACAAACAAAGCUUUGAAGUGCAAUUUCAAAAUUGCCAUGGCUUUGGCAAAAAAGACAUGAUAUUUUUUCUUCUUUUUCAAGCAAAAAUCGAACGCAAAAAGCAAACGCAAAGCAAAAAUCGAAACACGAAGCUUAUGCGAGUUAAUUAUUUUCUAUAUUGCAUUUCAUCUGUAAUAUAUAAUGUAUUCAUGUUGCAUAUACAUUAACACAUGGGCUCAAAAGAAUCGAGCCUAACACAUAGAGGCCGCUAGUGUUUUUGCUUUUCAUCGCUUUUUCAGUCAACAC